CGGAGGAGGCAGCCGGUGCCUGGCCUGCCCCUGCCGGGUCCUCUUUCCUCAUCCCCAGCCAGCCAGAGCUGCUGACAGCUGCUUGGGACUCUGCCGCUAGGGCCCGGCCAGACCCACAGCCUCUCCUCGGUCUCCCGGUGACUCCCGAACCACAGCCCCUCAUGGCCCAGAAGGAAGAGACCGCAGAGGGCGCAGCGGCCGCGGCGCCAGCCUCCCAGAAUGGGCAGGAGGACCUGGACGACCUGGAAAACCCUGAGAAGCUGAAGGAGCUCAUUGAGCUGCCGCCCUUUGAGAUCGUCAAGGGGGAGCGGCUACCGGUCAACUUCUUUAAGUUUCAGUUCCGGAAUGUGGAGUACAGUUCUGGGAGGAACAAGACCUUCCUCUGCUACGUGGUGGAAGUACAGUGCAAGGGAGACCAAGUGCAGGCCUCCCGGGGGUACCUAGAGGAUGAGCACGCCGCUGCCCACGCAGAGGAAGCCUUCUUCAACACCAUCCUGCCAGCCUUCGACCCGGCCCUGCGGUACAACGUCACCUGGUACGUGUCCUCCAGCCCCUGUGUAGCUUGUGCUGACCGCAUCAUCAAAACCCUGGCCAAGACCAAGAACCUGCGCCUCCUCAUUCUGGUGGGGCGACUCUUCAUGUGGGAGGAGCCAGAGAUGCAGGCCGCGCUGAGGAAGCUCAAGGAGGCUGGCUGCAGACUGCGCAUCAUGAAACCCCAGGACUUCGAAUACGUCUGGCAGAAUUUUGUGGAGCAUGAAGAGGGUGAAUCCAAGGCCUUUGAGCCCUGGGAGGACAUUAAGGAGAACUUCCUGUACUACGAGGAGAAGCUGGCGGACAUCCUGAAGUAGGCUCCGGCCCUGGCCUCCUGUCUGCCUGCUGCCGCCAGAGGACAGCAGGGACACAUAUGCCACCUGGGACACACCUGUCUUCUGGACACCACUGGAGUGGGAUAGCACUUGACAUCAACCUAUCCUACUGGACAAGGCCCUCAGCAGAUAGAUAUAUUUCUCACUGCCCAGAUUCAUUUAGGCUGUGCUUCUCUCCAGAGCUGCUGUCAGGAAAGAGGCGAGUGAGCAGCAAAGAGAAAAGCACCAGGCUCCUGGGGGCCUCAGGUCUUCCUGACUCCCCUGUGCAACUGCUUAGGCAGAAGCCUCAGGCCAUAGGUACAGAGCUUUGAAUAUGUCCAGAAGUGCAUUUUAUGUUCAGUUGGGCUAUUUUGUUGUUUUGUUUUUUAAAGAAAGAAAAACAGCAACAUCAAUAAAAGAAAUAGCAUGGUU